CGGAGCCAUGUGAGGUCGCAUUUCUCGAGCUCCUCGCCAGAAUCAGAAUAUUUAUAUUAGACAACUACCCUCUACACUAUAUUCAAGCAACUUUAAUCUAAACUGUUCUUCCUUGCCUCCGCCCAACAGUUUCAUUCGAAAUAUGUCGUCUUCCUCUCGCAAAAAGACGUCUGCUGCGCCAGAUCCGAAAGCUAAUAGUGCUAGCCCGGCUAAAGGUGCUGGGGCAGGGCCCCUAGCUGCUAGCGCAGCACGAGGUGAUGAGACCGCGAUUCUACGGGCCAUUCAAUCUCUCAGAGAGGACCUGCUGAAGAAAAUUGAUGACAACGCCGAGAUGCAGUCUAAAGAACUACGACGUGAAAUAAGCCAACUGAGGGACGAGCUGAGAUCCGCCGUUGACCGCGUCAGCAGCCGCACCAAGUGUUUGGAGGACCGGGUCGAGAGCCUGGAUACUGCCGCUAAUGAUCACUCGGACCUCAUUACCACUCUCGAACGAGACGUGCAGCAGCUAAAAAAGGACAUGAAAAUCUUCUCUGACAGGAGUGAGGACCUGGAGGCGCGGUCUAGGAGGUGCAACCUCCGCAUCACCGGGAUACAAGAAAGACGGGAGGCAGGGAAGAACCCAACUGACUUUGUAGCUAAACUACUCCAGGAAACGCUGGGCUUAGAAAAAGAGCCACUACUAGACAUAUGCCAUCGCACCCUACGGGAACGGCCCCAGGAGGACCAGCCACCCCGCGCCUUUGUGGUGAGAUUUCACUAUUACCGGGAGAAGGAAGCGACCCUCCGCAAGGCAGCCACGGCCACAGAUCCGACAACGUCACACGGAGACAGGAUCAGAGUAUUCCCCGACUAUACCCAAGCAGUCGCGAAGCAGAGAGCCGCCUUCAGGGAUGUGAAAGGCAUGCUAAGAGGCUGUGAUGGUGUCAAGUACGGACUGUGGUAUCCCUCGGUUUUGCGGAUCACAACGGCCGAUGGAAAGCGACACAGUUUCACAGACCCGGGGGAGGCGAAGGACUUUGUUUUGAGGAACGUGGCUAAACAGAGCGGCUAAGAUGCUAGGAGCAGGCUUGCCAGGCUGUACCCUGAGGUGGAUCCCACGUGCCAGAGGUGUCAUUGUGCCAGGGCUACCCUAUUGCACAUGUUUUUCUCCUGUCAGUCCAUUGCCCCAUUUUGGUCUUCUAUAUUUGAAACGUUUUCAGUGAUGUAUGGCCAGAACAUACAACCAAAUCCCAUAAUAGCUGUGUUUGGAGUAGCCCCUGAGGGGGUCUCCCUCUCUAAUUGCCAGUCACACUCACUUGCGUUUGCAACCCUUCUUGCCCGCCGUAUAAUCCUCCUCAAAUGGAAAGACCGGACUCCACCAUCUCACGCCCACUGGGUGAGGGAUGUGAUGGCACAUUUGCAGCUGGAGGAGCUGAGGUAUCGUAGCCAGGGAUGUGUUAACAAAUACUACAAGCUCUGGCAGCCUUUCCUUGACUAUUUUAGCAAACUCCCCUGUGCAAAUCUGACUGCAUGAAGCCCCC